UUUCUUUUUUCAACAAGUUAUUUCCACCGGACAAGCGCACCCUCUCUUCAUUCCUAUUCCCGCACAGGUUUUGGUGGUCUCGCAUGGCGGUCGUCGCUUCCCUGAACUCGCAGCAGCUCUUCCCUCCUCUCCUCUCUCCCAAUUCCCAUUCCUCCAUCCGUCCCUUCCCUCGAAACCCUCGUUCGAAACUUCGAACUUCCUCCAAGUUCCAAUCCAUUACUUGCGAGCUCAGGAGCAGCUCCGACCCGAGCAAUUCCCCAGUUGCGGAACCAGAGACAGAGGCGAACAGUUUAGGGGUUAAAGCUGCGUUGGGUAUGCUCAGGUUCUACAAGAGGGAAAUAUCGCCGAUUCUGCCGAAUAGUUGUCGAUACGUGCCGACGUGUAGCGAGUACUCGAUGGCAGCCUACAAGAAGUAUGGGGUUGUUAAGGGCACCGUCCUGACGGCUUGGCGUCUCUGCCGUUGCAAUCCUCUUGGUGUUCAUUUUGCCAGGUGGAUCUGGAUUUGAUCCCCCGCGCUGGUUUGGUGAAGAACGUCCAUCUGAAGAAGAAUGAGAGUUUAUUAUAUUGACUUCUGGGCCGACAGGUCUUCGAGUAGAGGGAUGCUUAUGAUUUUGGCCAUCCUGUUUCGUGAUUGCAGCUAAUAUUGAAUGCUUAUGGUCCAUUAUUGUUCGACCAAGUGUAUUAUUUGCCGUCUUAUGGAACUAUCAGGAAUUGCAAUUUGGGAACAGAUACAUCCUUUUGCCAUUGCUCGCUGGAUGUCAGGUCCCUAUGGCAUAAAUCCUCCAGAGUCCUCCUGCCAUCCCCAAUGUGAAGGAGUUUGCAAGCUCGAGAUCGUCAAAGAGCAAUCGUAGCAAUGGAAUCUCGACACUGGGAAACGGUGAAAGGACUCAGUGAUUCCGUCUGUAAAAUAUCAUAAAUGGACAAGUUGCGCUUCUCGUUUUGACAGACAAGAAGGGAAGCAAAAUCAAAGAUGAUUGUUGUUUGCAAUAAGCGUCUUGUAGACCAGUGCUCCUGGGACAUUUGUUAAGCAUAUUUGAUAAGGAAAUGUUCUUUUUUCAAUGCACCAAUUACACAUAACAGGAGAGGCACUGCUUUGGAAGUCA